GGCCCUGCACUACCAUAAAAAAUAUAAUUUACUUUUGCCAAGACGUUUCUUAGUUACUCUGCAACGAGUACUAUAAAGGAACAUAGACACAACCCUAUUGACUAUACUAGCCUUGUCUCCGGAUAAAUGGCCGCCACAGUAGAGGGAGUCACGUUGUAGUUAUUACUUUGGGCUCUUGUAACUGUUCAUACUGACUGCGGUAAAUUUGAGAAAUAGCUGCGCCGGCAGCGAUAUAUAUAAUAACCCUAUGGACGAGAUGAGGAGCUCAUCCAGCGGCUCCAGCUUUACAUCCCCGCCGGUGAAGAUGCUGGCAGCGCGUUUGAGGGAGUGUAAGAAGCGGCCGGGUGCUCCGCCUUCCUUCUGGCUGGAAAGGUCGCCCGGCCGCGGCGAGCUGGAGGUCAGCAUUGUGUGGAUGCAGGGCCGAGUGAUAGAGGUGCGGCCGGAGCGCGGUACUACGCUACGCCUGAGUGACGACACUCACACCUUCACCGUGUGCGGGGCCGACAAGGUGCCCAAGGGCAAGCCCUGCCUACAGCAAGGUAAAUAUGUCAUGGUGAUGGGCUUUGUUUUGUCUUGCCACCCAGAACCCAUUUUGCGUGCUGUGAAAAUCACUGAUCUGUCUGACAACCCUGUACACCGCAGCAUGUGGAAACUAGAGGUAGAAGAUUUGCACAUGAACAUUAAAGCGACCCAACAUGUCUGAUUUGGAACUUGGUUACAUCUAAGAUAUCUGUUGCGAUUGGAAACUUGGUUACAUCUAAGAUAUCUGUUGCGAUUGUGACUUUAAAGACUAAAAUCACAAAAACCAUUCAUCUUGAUGCCAAAUAUAGACUACUUAAAGACUCUCUUCUUUCUGGGAGAAGAUUAUGUUUUGUGUAUCUUAGAUAUGGUUUUCAUUUGGAGGGUUUUUCAAUAUGCCCUGGAAUUUAAGAUUAUGCGCUGCUUAUAAAUGAAGUCUGUCUUUGCUAAUGUAUAUAUUUUGUAUUAUUGUACUUCUUAUCUUUGAUUUAUCUAUUAAAUAUAAUAUAAAUUA